UUCGACUCCCAAUUUCGAAACUACACAUUCGAUACUCUUCGUUUCUUUCCAGUAUCCAUGGCUAAAUCUACUAGCAGUAGCAGAAGAAAGCGCCAUAGAGAAGAAGAGGAAGAGAAAUACGACGACGCUUCAUCAUCAUCACCUCAAUCCUCUUCUUCCGAAGAGGAUGAUGAUAAUAAGCGAAGCCACAAACGCCGCCGUGGCGACGAUAGGGGUCCUAGGAAAUCCUCUUCGAGGAAAGACAGAAAAUCAUCCAGUAGGAGGAAAAGAAAGGAAAAGGAACGGAGAAGUAAGCACAAAUCGAAGAAGUAUGAGAGGAGAAAGAAGCAUAAAUAUUAUUCGGAUGAGUCCGAAGUGGCAGAGUCGUUGCCUAGGUCAGAUGGGGAUGAUGAUGAUUCUGGAUUGGAGAAUCCGGAUGGCGUUGUCAAAUGUAUUUUGAAGGAAUUUCCUGCUGUCUCCAGAGAUUUGGAACAGCUUCUACACAUGAUAGAUGAUGGUCAAGCAGUUGAUAUAAGGGGAUUGUCAGAAAAAACAUUGGUGAAGCACCUGAGAAGGCUAUUUCUAUGUCUGAACCUUAAAGAAACUGGUGAUAAUAUCUUUCUACUGAAAUCAGAGGGCCAUCCUACAUUGGAGGUUCUUAGACCUGUCAUUCAUGGCUACGGACAGUCUUCAAAGCAGCAGCUUGAUCAUUGUACAUUGGAGAACGAAUUGCUCUCGGUAUCACCAGAUGGCAGAAAUGGACCAGAUGCCAACAUGACUAAAUCAUCUGAAGAUGCCAUUGGUCCUAGACGAAGGGUAAUUGGCCCUGAAAUGCCAUCUGCUGAACUACUUGCAGCUGCAGCCAAAUUAACUGAAGCAGAAGCUGAGUUGAGAGAGGCUGAGUUAGUGGACGAUUCUGAAUUGUUUAUAGGGCCUCCUCCCGCCGCUUUUGUUUCUGAAGUUGAAUCAUCAAAUGAAGCAGAACGAUUUGAAGAGAUUACAAGAAUUAUGGGAGCUGAGGUGGAUAGUCCAUAUGAUAUUCUGGGAGUGAACAAGAAUAUGUCAGCCGAAAACAUGAAGAAAAGGUACUGGAAAUUGUCCCUCAUGGUACAUCCGGACAAAUGCUCUCAUCCACAGGCCCACCAAGCAUUUGUGAAGUUGAACAAGGCUUUUAAAGACUUGCAGGAUCCAGAUAAACGAAAAGCAUUGGAUGAGAAAAUAAAGCUCAAAGAGGAACAAGAGGAAUUCAAGGCGGAAUUGAAAGCAAUGAAAGAAGCUGCACACUGGAGACGUUUGCAAGGUAUAUCAAUGGAGGGUGAUGAUAUACUUUUAGCUGACAUGGAGGCUAAGGUGGAACCUAAAAGAGAUGAAUGGAUGACAACCCUACCCCCUGAAAGAAAAGUAAGGACCUUUUUCUUCCCUCUUUAUAUUAUUAGCAUCAUUCCGGUUGAAUAUGUUCUCACUUUGAAUUUAUGAAAAGGUGGAGAAGAUAAGAAUCACGAAUAAUGCUGUACCUGCUUAAUAAAUAGACGCCUUAUAAUAGAGAAAUCACUAAGCAGGCCAAAGACAGCUUCUGAUGCAUGAUG